CGCUGGGGCGUCCCCACCGCCCGCUUGUGAAUGAGCCGCUCAGUUUCUCAAUGGAGCCGCGGGGGGCUCGGGCGGCCGCAGUGCUGGCGGUGAGCCUGGAGGGGGGCGCGCUUCCCUCGCUCCCUCCCACGUCCCCUCCCUCCAGCCGCCGCGGCUUUUGAGGAACCGGGUUGAGGCCGCGGCGCGGGGCGCUCCUCCCCGCGGGCUCCCCGUCACGGCGCCGAGGGGCUGAGAAGCGCGGCGGCGGCGGCGGCCGCGGGGAAAGCCGGCUCGGAGGCUGCGGCUGCGGGCUGCCUGCGGGAGAUUUCCGCCGCGCGCGGCCUGGAAAACUUCUCCAUUUCGUAUUUCCUUUUUUCACAUUUUUUUUUAAAUCCCGGUUGAUUUAGCGAGCUUCCCGCCGGCACUUUUUGUUGUUGUUUUUCCCUCUCCACCCUCCCCCGAGUGCGAGGAAAGGAGUGAAGAACAUUAAAAAAAAAAAAAAAAAAGGAUUUCCGCCCUGAAGAGCGACAGUUCCGAGCGCCGCUCCGGCAGGGAAGAGACGCGGCGUUUGCGGCCGCCGCGGGCGCCGGGCCCCGCCGGCCCCAGCAUGAGCCAGCGGGCCGCGGGCUGCUGAGCAGCGGGGUCGCGGAGGCCGAGGCCCGGCGGGCCGGGCUGCCCGCGCUCCCGGGAGGGUUCUGCCAGCCGGCGGCGGCGGGAUGGAGCCCGCGACCGCGCCCCAGCCCGACAUGGCGCCGGAGCUGACCCCGGAGGAGGAGCAGGCCACCAGGCAGUUUCUUGAAGAAAUCAACAAGUGGACCGUCCAGUACAAUGUCUCUCCUCUCUCUUGGAAUAUGGCUGUCAAGUUUCUCAUGGCCAGGAAGUUUGACGUGCUUCGUGCCAUAGAGUUGUUCCACUCCUACAGGGAAACUCGAAGGAAGGAAGGCAUUGUGAAGCUGAAACCUCAUGAGGAACCUCUCCGUUCUGAGAUCCUCAGUGGAAAAUUCACCAUCUUAAAUGUCCGGGACCCAACAGGAGCCUCCAUUGCCCUCUUCACUGCCAGAUUGCACCAUCCCCACAAGUCAGUCCAACAUGUGGUACUUCAGGCUCUGUUUUACUUGCUUGACAGAGCUGUAGAUAGCUUUGAAACUCAGAGGAAUGGACUGGUGUUUAUCUAUGACAUGUGUGGUUCUAAUUAUGCCAACUUUGAGCUGGAUCUUGGCAAGAAAGUCCUAAACCUGCUGAAGGGUGCUUUCCCAGCUCGUUUGAAGAAAGUGCUGAUUGUGGGAGCACCUAUCUGGUUCCGCGUGCCCUAUUCCAUCAUCAGCCUCCUCCUGAAGGACAAAGUCCGGGAGAGGAUUCAGAUAUUAAAAACAUCUGAGGUCACCCAGCACCUACCCAGGGAGUGCCUUCCGGAAAACCUGGGUGGGUACGUCAAAAUUGACCUCGCCACUUGGAAUUUCCAGUUCCUACCCCAGAUGAACGGUCACCCAGAUCCCUUUGAUGAGAUCAUCCUGGUCUCCCUACCUCCUGCCUUAGACUGGGACUCAGUGCAUGUUCCUGGUCCCCACGCCAUGACCAUCCAAGAGUUGAUGGACUACGUUAGCACCAGGCAAAAACGAGGGAUCUAUGAGGAAUAUGAAGACAUCCGCCGUGAGAAUCCUGUCGGUACUUUCCACUGUUCCAUGUCUCCAGGAAACUUAGAGAAGAACCGCUAUGGUGAUGUGCCCUGCCUGGACCAGACUAGAGUGAAGCUGACAAAACGAAGUGGCCACACACAGACAGAUUACAUUAAUGCCAGUUUCAUGGAUGGAUACAAGCAGAAGAAUGCUUACAUUGGUACCCAAGGCCCUUUGGAGAAUACUUACCGUGAUUUCUGGUUGAUGGUGUGGGAGCAAAAAGUCUUGGUGAUUGUCAUGACCACUCGCUUUGAGGAGGGCGGCAGAAGAAAGUGUGGCCAGUACUGGCCACUUGAAAAAGACUCUCGGAUCCGAUUUGGCUUCCUCACAGUGACCAAUCUGGGCGUGGAGAACAUGAACCAUUAUAAGAAAACAAUGCUAGAAAUUCACAACACAGAAGAGCGACAGAAACGCCAGGUGACCCACUUCCAGUUCCUGAGCUGGCCAGACUACGGUGUCCCUUCCUCAGCAGCAUCCCUCAUUGAUUUUUUAAGAGUGGUCAGGAACCAGCAGAGGCUGGCUGUGGGCAGCAUAGGAGCGCGCUCCAAAGGGCAGUGCCCAGAACCGCCCAUUGUGGUCCAUUGCAGUGCAGGCAUUGGCAGGACAGGUACCUUCUGCUCCCUGGACAUCUGCCUGGCGCAGCUGGAGGAGCUUGGCACCCUCAAUGUGUUCCAGACGGUGUCCCGCAUGAGGACCCAGAGGGCCUUCAGCAUCCAGACCCCUGAGCAGUACUACUUUUGCUACAAGGCAAUUCUGGAGUUCGCAGAGAGGGAGGGCAUGGUACCCUCCACCCACAGCCUCCUGGCCAUGGAGGGUCAUUAACUGUCCCAUGAGCCUCCUGCCUGAUGGUCAGCCUUCCUUAAACUACCCUGGACACCGCUGAGCCUCUAGGUUGCCAUCAGUUACGUUCAAGCCAUGGACCAACCUCUUUAUUGUGUCUCCCAACGCACGUGUGCACGCCAGGCAGCCUUUCCCUUUGGCUAGAUAGACGUGGUGAAACUGCCACUAGAAAGGGCCAGCAGCAAUGUGUUCUCAAUUCCUAGCACCUGCUAUUGAACUGUGCCUUAUUAAAACCAAAUUGUGGCUAUCAGUUUUUGCCAGGGCCCCUGAGGUAAGUGGGGAAGGAACCUGCCUCCCCCCGUUUGCAAAUGCUGUUCUUCUCGAGGUCUCCUUCCCACCUCUUCCCCUUCCUUUUUAGGAUUUCGUGGGAAGGUUUGGUGAGCAUCCACCUUCCUUCCCAGAAAGCUUGACCAAGUUACAUAUUCUAGAGAACGUCCGGAGUGCCAAGCACGUUUAUACACGGGACGUGUAUUCCAGUCUUUUCUGUCUUUCUGUGUGUGUGUGUGUGUGUGUGUGUGUGUGUGUGUGUGUGUGUGUGUGCGCAAGUGCACUGAUGUGUGUGGGUCCACAUGUACGUGUGUAUAUAAUAUAUAUUAUAUGUGAUAAUAUGGUCGUAUUCUAUAAAUACAUAUACACAGAGAUCUCCUUUGUAGAUGUUCCUGGGGCUCCGUGCUGCAGUUCAGGACUCUUUGCUUCUUAGACUCUUCUGUUCAUCCUGGACUAGCUGAGGUUGGGAUCAUGCCUCCUGUCGUCAGAUGGCAGAGCAGUGGGGAAGGACAGACGGAUGUCUGCUCUUCACGCUCCUGCUACAUAGGCACUCAUCCUUCAGUAAGGACUCUACCCCUCUGGGAUGGUAUGCUGCCUGCUGGAGUUAAGGGUACUAGUUUGUGGUGACACUGGUUUAACUCAGCAUGACUUGCCCUUACCUAAUGAUCCUUUCCCUGUUUACUCUGUUAAUUUGGAGAAUAGACCUCCACUGUGAUUCCAGACCCUCCUCCCUCUCCCUCAGGGAUUGGGAUCUGGGGUUAGAGAUGAAAUCACUGAGCAAUCAGAGCCAACAGCAACAUUUUAGAAGGAACAGGAGGGAGCCCAGGUAUGUGAGAGAGAAAACUGUCAAGAGAUUCUUUCCCAGGAAGAGUGAGGUAGAGCUCUUUCUUGUUUUGCUGGAAAAUUUCUUUCCAUAUGCAACUUGGCCCUAUCUGUUCAGAUGCCCAUUUCUGCCUGACUUUACCACCUCACCAAAUCCUGGGGUUCUGUCAGGGCGGGUUCAGUAUCAGUAGAAAGCUGCAAAAACUCUGACUGGUUGAGGCAGUCUCUGCAAUCAUGGUUUGCUCCCUCUCACCCACCAUCUCCCUGUCUGCUCUGACUCACCUAGCCCAGUGUGUCAGGGACAGAGUUCAGAGUUCCCAGCACUCCACAUUCCCCCCAUCACACAUGAGGUUGGCAGCUGAUCAGACCUCAAUAAUUUUAUACUGUAAUAAGCUCUUUGAAUGUAUAUAUUCUUAUUUUUACAAUCUUUUCAUUUUGUAUUUAACGUCAAUGGAUUGAGUCAGAUUCAGAAAAUAAUUGUAAUGUUCAUUUUCAGUAUCUUACAGUGAUACAGUUUUAUAUUUACAUCUAAAUAUACCAACAUGAACAAACCCUUUUAGCUUCAUCAAUUUAGUAGAGUUCUGGGGCUGGGAGGUGAAGUGGGUCCAGGAGCUGGUCUGGGGAGGAUGGGAGGCAGGGAGGGACCCAGGCCUCAGUAGCUGAGACUUUCAGUUCUGAGAGUCACCUCCUUCCCCAAGUCCUUAUCCUAGCCCUAGGCCUGAUCACACAGAAAGUGAGCCAGCACUAGCGCUUCCUGGGUGCUAAUCUCAUUGCUCAAUGUCCCCCUUCCCUCACCUGGUUACCUCAUUAGCCAUCCAGUGAGACCUUAUGCUCUCCCUCCUCCUAUAUCCAUACAGGUGAGGAGGGUAGAGCCCAGAGGGAAACAGUUGCUUGCUGCAGAGCUAGAGCUCAAAUUGAUCUGCUUACAAAGCUUUGGCCUCUUAACUUCAUUAAGAUCUCUCAGAAGAUCCAGAUAGCUUUCUUUCCUAUACAUAAGCAUACAUGGUUCUUUUCUUUCUUUCUCUUUCUUUUUUUUUUUUUUUUCCUCCUUCUACCAGAGCAUUGUUCAGCUUUGGCUUAUGGUGGUGAAGGGGACUGAAUUUAGGACUUUGGAGCCUCAGGCAUGAGAAUCUCUUUGCAUAACCAUUAUGCUAUCUAACCCUUCAUAUACACGGUUCUUAAGUCUCAAGUAAUUGAUACUCCACCCAGGCUGCAUGUAGUAAAGUAGAGAAGGGUAAAAGGCUGGGGACUGACUGCAUGCUCGGCUCUGACCUGUAGGUAAGAGGGUCUCCAGGUCUGUAGAAUACUGAAGGGCUCCUUCUCCCAGGGAAACUUCAUAAAUGGGGGCACACUGGCCACCGUUCGGAGUCCUGGUAUCAUUUACAUCUAUCCCUUAGAAUAUCACCGGGAUUUUUGUCCUCAUAGGACCACUUCCUGUGCCAUGUGGCUGCUCCAUGUUAACCAGUGACAAGUGACACUCUGCCUAGGAUGGAACAGGUCUGCCGUGAAAUUGUGCAAAUAUGGGACGUGUUUUCAAUAAAGUAAUAGCUAACAUUCA